UGAGAUCGUUCGAUCUUGUUACUAAUUCCAUUCAAGAAACUAUCUAUACAGUACGUGCAAAAUGGUUUGGGAAACAAUAGAAUAAAACCCGUGUUCCAAUCUGUCACUUUCUGUUGGGUCUUUACUAAAAAUUGAAUCUUUCUCUCUUUUUUGAAGGAGGCUUGACACUCCACUGCAAGCUCCUUCCUUGCUAAGCUUAACGCCACUUUACUUUUGUUCGAAAAGAAAAAAAAAAAAAAAAACACCACUUUACCUUUUUCAUUAUCGGACCAAUCAAUCAAAGGUUCUUUCUUUUUUUAAAUUCUUCUCUUUAACAGCAUUGGCCAUAAGACAUAGACAGAGAAGGGUAUUGGUUGUUUUCACACUCCUCAUUUCAAUUGUGCUGGAUUUUGUUUUGAGUUUUGAAGUUACAGUUUAUUCAAGUGUUCGAAUCCCGUGGUGUUUUUUCUGCUGCUGAUCCUCACUUCCAUGGAGCCUGUUUACAUGGACGUAGAUUCAGACCAACGACUUGCUUCUGAUCCUCUCCCAUUUGCUAGAAGUUAUCAAUUGGAGGCAUUGGAGAAGGCAAUACAGCAGAACACAAUAGUAUUCUUGGAGACUGGUUCUGGCAAGACCCUGAUCGCAAUCAUGCUUCUUCGCAGUUAUGCCCAUCUUCUCCGCAAGCCAUCUCCAUUUAUUGCUGUCUUCUUGGUUCCCCAAGUUGUCUUAGUCAAACAACAAGCUGAAGCAGUGGAAACACACACAGACCUGACUGUGGGUAAGUACUGGGGAGAAAUGGGUGUCGACUUCUGGGAUGCUGGUAGUUGGAAGCAACAGAUAGAGCAAUACGAGGUACUUGUAAUGACACCACAAAUUUUGCUCGACGGCUUGAGGCAUAGCUUUUUCAAGCUAGACUGUAUAAAGGUUUUGAUAUUUGAUGAAUGCCAUCAUGCAAGGGGUAAACACCCUUAUGCUUGUAUUUUGACAGAGUUCUAUCACCGCCAAUUAACCUACAGAGAUAGUGCUCUUCCUAGGAUAUUUGGGAUGACAGCUUCUCCUAUUAAAUCAAAGGGUGCAAAGUCAGAACUAGCCUACUGGACGGAGAUCCGUGAGCUUGAGAAUAUUAUGUAUUCAAAGGUGUAUACAUGUGCUAGCGAAUCUGUACUUGCUGAGUUUAUACCAUUUUCGACUCCAAAAUUUAAAUUCUACAAACCCAUGGACAUACCAUAUGCUAUAUAUGCAAGCUUAGCUGAAAAUUUGAAGAUACUGAAAUCAAAGUAUGAAUGCAACUUGAAGCUAUUAGAUCUCACUGAUGCUGUGGUGGAAUCUACAAGCAAGAGAAUAUCAAAAAUGCAUUCUACUUUGAUGUAUUGUUUGGAUGAACUUGGUGUCUGGUUGGCUCUUAAGGCUGCACAGAUCUUGUCAUGCCAUGAAAGUGAGUUUUCUUCAUGUGGUAAAUUGGACAUCUCUGGUGAGAAUAUUGUCAAGGAGUUCGGUUUGAAUGCCUCACAAGCACUUGAUAAUUGCAUCAACAGCGCCUUUGAACAUCUAGGCCCAAAAUGGUCUAUCGGCGAAAAUGCUGAAGCUGAUAUUGAAGCAGGUCUUUUGACUACCAAAAUAUUUUGCCUCAUCGACUCACUUCUAGACUACAGAGAUAUAAGGGAUCUUAGAUGUAUAAUUUUUGUGAAUAGAGUCAUCGCAGCCAUUGUCCUUCAGACUCUUCUGGGUGAGUUACUUCCAAGAUAUAAUAGUGGCUGGAAGACUCAAUAUAUAGCAGGAAAUAACUUCAGGUUGCAAUCCCAGUCACGGAAAACACAGAAUGAAAUCGUGGAAGAAUUUCGUGAAGGCAAGGUUAACAUAAUUGUGGCCACAUCCAUUCUUGAGGAAGGUUUAGAUGUGCAAAGUUGCAACCUGGUAGUUAGAUUUGAUCCUUCUACUACAGUUAGUAGUUUCAUACAAUCCCGAGGUCGUGCAAGGAUGCAGAAUUCAGACUAUUUGUUAAUGGUUAAGAGUGGAGAUGUUUCUACUCAUUCUCGGCUAGAGAACUAUCUAGCUAGUGGAGAUCUAAUGAGAAAGGAGUCCAUACGUCAUGGUUCUGUUCCGUGUUCACCUAUUAGGAGUGAGUUCCAUGAAGGCGAAUAUUAUUUUGUUGAAAGCACUAAUGCCUUGGUGACUCUUACUUCAAGUGUUAGUUUGAUAUACUUCUAUUGCUCACGUCUGCCAUCUGACGGGUAUUUUAAACCCACUCCUAGGUGUCUUAUAGACAAGGAGAUGGAGAGAUGCACCUUGCUUCUCCCCAAGAGCUGCUCUAUACAUACCAUUAGUGUAGAGGGAAAUGUUAAAAUUAUAAAGCAGAAGGCAUGCCUUGAAGCAUGCAAGCAGCUCCACAAAAUUGGUGCUUUAAAUGAUAAUCUUGUACCUGAUAUUGUUGUAGAGGAGACUGUUGCUCAACAAUCCGGCACAGGGAAUGGACCCUAUGAUGAUGAACAUCCUAUGUACUUCCCACCUGAGCUGGUUGGUCAAGCUUCGCAAAAGUCAGAAGCAAAGUACUAUUGCUAUUUGAUUGAAUUAAACCAGAACUUUGUUUAUGAGAUUCCUGUGCAUAACUUUGUGCUUGCAAUGAGGAGUGAACUAGAAUCGGAUAUUCUAGGUCUGGAUUUAGACUUAGAAGCUGAUAGAGGGUUAUUGAUGGUUAAAUUGAAGUAUAUUGGGGAGAUUCAUCUUACGCCUGAAACUGUCAUUAUGUGUAGGAAGUUUCUUAUCACUGUUCUUAAAGUUCUAGUGGAUCAUAGUAUCGAUAAAUUGGAGGACAUUUUAAAAGGAUUGAAGCUCAGGAAUGGCCCUGAGAUUGAUUAUCUUCUGCUUCCAUUAGUGGGCUCAUGCCAGAAACCUUCCAUUGACUGGGAUGCAGUUACAUCUGUGCUCUUCUCAUAUGAAAAUGUACUGGAGGAUCAUAAGAACUGCCCUCUAAAGGAAGCUGCAUGUGUUAUUCAGACAAAAGAUGGUGUGGUAUGCAAAUGCACACUUCAGAAUUCUGUAGUCUACACACCACAUAAUGGAAAAGUCUAUUUUAUUGAUGGCACAUUAGAUCAUCUGAAUGGACACUCGCUUUUGGAGCUCCGGAAUGGAUAUCAUAAAAGUUACAUGGAGUACUAUAAAGAUCAGCAUGGCAUUAAACUGCAUUUUGAUCAACAGUUACUCCUUAGGGGGCGACAUAUUUUUCCUUUGCAGAAUUACCUUAAUAGAUGCAGACAGCAGAAGGAGAAAGAUUCACAAAAUGCAUAUGUCGAGUUGCCUCCUGAGCUUUGCCACAUUUUCAUGUCACCAAUAUCCAUUAGUUCCUUCUAUUCAUUUACAUUUGUUCCAUCAAUCAUGCAUCGGCUUGAGUCAUUACUUAUUGCUAGCAACUUGAAGAAGUUGCAUUUGGAUCAUUGCAUGCAAAGUGUUGCUAUCCCAACCAUCAAGGUUUUGGAAGCAAUUACCACAAAAAAGUGCCAAGAAAAAUUUCAUUUGGAAUCAUUAGAGACUCUUGGAGAUUCUUUUCUUAAAUAUGCUGUUGGGCAGCAGCUAUUCAAAACCUAUCAAAAUCAUCAUGAGGGCCUUCUCAGUAUUAAGAAGGACAAGCUUAUUAGUAAUGCUACACUUUGCAGACUAGGAUGUGACUCCAAAAUCCCGGGAUUCAUACGCAACGAGUCUUUUGAUCCUAAAAAUUGGCUGAUUCCUGAUGAAAUUUCUGGAUGCUACUCAUUAAGUGAGGAGAUUCUCUCUAAUGGAAGAAAAAUGUACAUAAAAAGAAGAAGAAAGUUAAAGGAAAAGAUGAUUGCUGAUGUUGUCGAGGCACUGAUUGGUGCUUACCUUAGCACUGGUGGAGAAAUAGCAGGAUUACUUUUCUUGGAUUGGAUUGGUAUAAAAGCAGAUUUUCUAAAUAUGCCAUAUGAACGGGGAUUUGAAAUGAAUCCAGAGAAGUAUGUUAAUAUCUGUCAUUUAGAGUCACUAUUGAAGUACUCAUUUAGGGAUCCUUGUCUGCUAGUGGAAGCAUUGACUCAUGGUUCCUACAUGCUUCCUGAAAUUCCAAGAUGUUAUCAGCGGUUGGAAUUUCUUGGAGACUCCGUGUUAGACUACCUUAUAACAGUGCACUUGUAUGAAAAAUAUCCUGGGAUGUCACCAGGACUGUUGACUGACAUGAGAUCUGCUUCUGUGAACAAUGAUUGUUAUGCACAAUCUGCUGUCAGGGAAGGACUGCAUAAAUAUAUCCUCCACGCCUCACAAAAACUUCACAAGGAUAUAGUCUCCACAGUUGCAAAUUGUAAGGAAUUUUCUUCAGAAUCAACUUUUGGAUGGGAAUCUGAGAUAUCAUUCCCCAAGGUACUUGGGGAUGUGAUAGAAUCACUGGCUGGGGCUAUAUUUGUUGAUUCUGGGUACAACAAAGAGGUUGUAUUUAACAGCAUAAGGCCACUUUUGGAGCCACUGAUUACUCCAGAGACCAUUAGGCUUCACCCAACAAGGGAGCUUACUGAAUUAUGUCAAAAGCAACAUUUUGAUAGGAGAAAGCCUGUUGUUUCUCACAACAAUGGUAUGUCAUGCGUAACUGUAGAGGUUGAAGCAAAUGGUGUUGUAUUUAAGCACACAUCUGCAGCUGCAGAGAGGAAAACAGCUAAAAGACUAGCUUCCAAAGAGGUUUUGAGGGCUUUGAAGGAUAGCUUAGCUUGCAAAUAGUUUUUUUUUCUUUCUUUUUUUGGUAAACUUCUAGGUUAUGAAUGCAAAUGUGGGUAGUUUAUUACAUCUUUUCUUUCUUCCUUUACCUGCAAUUAAUUUAUUCAUUUGAUAUCUUUCACAUGGAGAAUUUUGUAUCUUUUCGAUCAAUUUUGAUAGACCAUUUUUAACUCAUAUA